CUCCCAAAGAGGAACGUAACAGUUUGGAUUGCACCGGGACUUCUGGAAGGAUCUGGACAAAAUGACACACAUGUCCCUGCUGUCGUUUCUGGGGGUUUUAGUCUGCGCGCUUUUCUCUCUGAGCUGCUGCGAGGAGCCGCAGAUCCCUGAAGAGAAACUCGUCGUGGUGACAGUUGCAACCAAAGAGACUGAUGGCUUUAGGCGCUUCUUGGGGUCGGCUAAACAUUUUAACUACACAGUCAAGGUUCUUGGACGGGGUCAGAAAUGGAGCGGGGGCGACAUGUCAGCUCCAGGAGGAGGCCAGAAAAUUCGACUCCUAAAAGCUGCUCUGGAAGAAAUGAAGAAUGAGGAUAUAAUCAUCCUUUUUAUUGACAGCUACGAUGUGGUUUUCUCCUCGGGUCCCAGAGAGCUGCUCAAGAAGUUUCAGCAGGCCAGACACAAGGUGGUGUUCUCCUCUGAGAGCCUGAUCUGGCCCGACAGACACCUUGAAGACAAAUACCCCCAAGUCACCAUGGGCAACAGGUUCCUCGGCUCAGGAGGUUUCAUUGGCUACCUCCCCAACAUCAAAGAGAUGGUUGCUGGCUGGACAGGGGAAGACAGUGACAGCGACCAGCUGUUCUUCACCAGGAUUUAUAUUGAUCCAGCCAAAAGGAAAUCUACAAAUAUCACACUGGACAGCAAAUGCAGAUUGUUCCAGAACCUCAAUGGAGCACUUGACGAGGUGGUGCUGAAGUUUGAGGAUGGACGGGUUCGAGCCAGAAACGUGCUGUAUGAUACCCUGCCUGUCGUCAUCCAUGGGAACGGACCAACCAAGAUGCAGAUCAACUACCUGGGUAACUACAUACCCAACACAUGGACAUUUGAGAUCGGAUGCACAGCGUGUCACGAGAAUCUCCAGCCACUCACAUCUCUCACGGAGAGUGAAUACCCACUGGUGAUGAUUGGCAUCUUCAUUCAGCAGCCCACCCCUUUUGUGGCAGUCUUCUUUGAACGCCUACUGAAGCUCCAGUAUCCCAAGAAAAGAGUCAAACUCUUCAUCCACAGCCAGGAAGCUCAUCAUGAGCGUCAUAUCAGCUCUUUCCUGCAGGAUCAUGGAAACCUUUAUCAGGAUGUCCAGUCCAUCGGGCCUGAAAAGGAGAUGGAUGGAGCUGCCUCCCGCAACCUCGGCUUUGACAUGUGUCGGAAGGACGACAGCUGUGACUACUUCUUCAGCUUGGAUGUCGAAGUGGUCUUAAAGAAUGAGAACACACUAAAAAUUCUCAUUGAACAAAACCUUCCCGUCGUGGCACCGAUGAUAACUCGAGCUGGUAGACUGUGGAGCAACUUCUGGGGAGCUCUCAGUGCAGAUGGCUACUAUGCCAGGUCUGAGGACUACGUGGACAUAGUUCAGGGACGCAGAGUGGGUGUGUGGAAUGUCCCAUAUGUGUCCAAUGUGUACCUGAUGAAGGGCAGCCUGCUCCGGUCAGAGCUCACAGACUACGAGCUGUUUAACUCACAGACCUUAGACCCGGACAUGGCUUACUGCCACAACAUCCGCAACAAGGGGAUCUUCAUGUAUGUAACCAACAUGCACACUUUUGGCCGCAUCCUGUCAACAGAGAACUAUCAGACGAGCCAUCUUCAUAACGACCUGUGGCAGAUCUUUGAGAACCCUGUGGACUGGGAGGAGCGCUACAUUCAUGAGAACUACACUCGCAUCAUGAAGGACAAGCUGAUUGAAACACCUUGUCCUGAUGUCUACUGGUUCCCAAUUUUCUCUGAAGUUGCUUGUAACCACAUUGUUGAAGAAAUGGAACAUUAUGGGCAGUGGUCAGGAGGAGGCCAUAAGGACACCAGAAUCCAAGGUGGCUACGAGAACGUCCCCACAGUCGAUAUUCACAUGCAUCAAAUCAACUAUGAAAAGGAAUGGCACAAGUUGUUACUGGAGUAUAUCGCACCGAUAACAGAGAAGAUGUAUCCUGGGUACUACACCAGGUGUGCCACUCCCUUGAACUUUGUAGUGAGGUACAAACCUGACGAGCAGCCGCUGCUCGAGCCUCACCACGACGCCUCCACAUUCACUAUUAACAUAGCUCUCAACAGCAAAGACAUUGACUACCAGGGUGGUGGAUGCAGGUUCCUCCGCUACGACUGCUCCAUUCAGGCUCCUCGUAAAGGCUGGGCCCUGAUGCACCCAGGCCGCCUCACCCACUACCAUGAAGGCCUGCCAACCACCGCUGGAGUCCGCUACAUCGCAGUGUCCUUUGUGGAUCCCUGAAUCCCAAACAUGGCACACAUCAGCAGCUGGUCCAGACCAAACAGGACACUGAGCCCAUCCAUCAGCAUCACUGCUGCCCUUUAUUUUCUGAUUUGAAGUGCUGACUACUGCUCUUUUCAUUAGAUCAUCAACAUGAUAUGGCUUACUCGUGCUCUGAUGAGACAUAAAAACAUAGAUACAUAAUGUAACAUAAUGAACAAGUCAUCACCACAUUAGGGGAGAACUGGUUCAAAAGUAACUCGUCCCUUGUCCGUCUUCUCUGACUUACUAAGCAUUAUGGUUAUAAUUUGAAUGGGAGCAGAACUAGCCCACUGUUAUCAAUGUAGUCAAGGCCGAAAUAUUAACCGGAUAAAGUGGACAAUGGUCCUGUAAUCCAUGAUUCUUGUGUCCAACAGUAGAUAGAAGAAGACCUUGUUGAUGUCACUUGAUAUUGUGUUCAUGUGCGACAUCUCACUAUUAUGCCGCAAACCUUGAGGCAGGUGGUAUUUACAGGACACAAGUUGUUACCAGGGGGGACUGGGUUCACACACCACACAGUGGGAAGAACAGAGUCUACAAACUGCUCAUCUCUGCUGCAGGCUAGAGGCUCCACCAUACAUUCGCUGAAUUUUUAUUACACUUGACCUAUUAAUGAUAUAAAAUGGGAUUCAUUAUUUCCCCAGUUUGUUUCAAACCAACAGACAAUGAGAAAGCAUUAAGAUGUGUCUUAUGGACGUGUUGCUUUCAAUUUAGUGCCACUAAUUAACUGUUUUUGUCUUUGGACGGUGGGAGGAAGGAGGACCCUGAAAGAACCCGCACUGACAAGGGAAGAACAUGCUAAUUUUUUCUUAAGCAAUCACUUUGGGAAGAUUGGAUGAAUGCUAGCAAUGUUCCAACAGUUCGAGUCAGAAAGACAGUGUUGUCAUCAUCAUAUGCAGAGGCACUUGAGUGCAGCUGUUGGAUAAAUCUGAGGCUAACCCUAACCCUGUUUGGUCUGGACUGUGUGGUGAGCACGAUCCUAUUGAACAUUGAGCUGAACUUCUCUCAGGAAAUCACCAGGACUUCAGCUUAGAUUUUUCAUAAAUGUUUCUUUAAAAAAAUGUUGAAUUUUACUGCAGAAAGCAAGAUACACUAACGGUGCCUUUUUGUGUAUUCCAAGCAAUUAUUUUCCAAGUCUUUCUUGAACUGAGAUACUUCAGAGCCUGUGCAGCCUCUUAUUUAUUUUGUGUAUAUUCUACUUGAUAAAAGCAACACUCCCUGAUUAUUUUUUUGCAUUUGCAACAUACCUGCUUUUUGUGAUAUCUUCUAUUGAAUCAGGGCUCAGUGAUGUUGGUCAGUGUUACAUUCUCACACAGAUGUCAUUUCUUGUUACAAGCCAUCACUGCUUUGAACAGAACUUGAAUAAAACAGUGAAUUCAAAUAAAG